AUGAAAUCAAUUAUAUCUUUAAUUGUCACUUACGUGUUGUUUAACAGUGUUCAGAGUCUGACAUUCACAACAGGCAUAGGCGAAUAUUAAGCUGAAUAAUGCUUUAAAAUUACAGGAAAGCCAAAUUAAUUCUUGAUCUUCGAAUACUACACUCUUGGAACUGGAAGCAAAGAGUAAGUAAUGGUUAGGAUAAGAUACCCAGAACAUAGCGAGAAUAUUGUAAACAUUAGGGAAAUCGGAGUAUCAAGAAAAUUUGAUAUAAAUGGAUAGAUUAGCUUAUGCUUUAGCUCGAUUGACGCUAGAGCUAAAAGAAUAAACUUCAAUUAUGUGAUAAAAGAUGAAGAUCACGAAUAAGAUCAUCAAGCAAUCAAAUUAGACCAUAUUCAUGAAGCAUAAGAUAAGUUAACUACAACCUUGAGGCACUUUGAAUUCAUUUCUAGAAAUAUCUAUAAAAAGAGUGACUUAGACAAGGAACUCUCUGAAUAUGGUUAGCAAACCAGAAAAACGUAGAAGUGGCUCUCUAUUAUAAAGUUUGUUUUAGUUGCCUUGCUUUGCGCUGGAUAAGUUUACUUUAUUACUCUAUUUUUCACCUCAGGACAAAAGAAGAGAGUUUAAUCUAGAGUAAAUGUUUCAACAGGAGGAAAGGUCUGA